AUGAUAAACGGGAAAACUUCCGUUCGUAAACAGGAAAGCGAGCAACCCCUGCGCAAGGUAGAGGGCGCUUGCCUCCGCUCCGUGAGCACUCCCAUGGAGGAAAGAGUUCCCUCGGGCGAUAUAACGGGCUUUGAGCGGUUCGCAUUUAUAAGAGACGCAAGCGCUGUGGAGGCGACUGCGGCGAGCCGAUUGGUGAUGGCGGUGGUGCUUCUGAUGGCCGGCCUGGUGACUGCACAGCCUGCAGUUCCCCGGGGCUCUGUGCCCCAAACCACCGCCGCCCCCGCCCACAAGGGCUAUCCUCAAGGCACGGCCCCAUAG